AUGGCAAGUGAAAAAAAUAUUUUUGGUCAAACAAAUGAAUCAAACUUACAUAAGGUCAUACGCAGAGUUGAAGAAAUAUGGAAUCGUCGUUUCAUGCAUUCCAAUUGUGUUUUAAAUAAUACAAAUAAAGGACAAAUAUCAAAAAAGUCAACUAAAGAUGGAAGAAUUAUCUCAAUUAUUAAUAAAAAUAUUUAUCCUAUAAAAAAUUCCAUUAUUCCAAAAAAACGCAUGUAUCGAAAAACGAAUAAAAAUGAUAAAAUUAUUCCAGAAAAAUUGAAUAUGAUGCAGCAAAGAGAAUUCGGAACACUUUCUCAGAAUGAAAAAUCUGAAAAAUGAAAUUUUUAAAAUUCAACAGAAAAGUGUUCCAGAAAAUCGGACACUGUUAUAU